AUGGAUGAGGGACGUAGAAGGAAGGAGACCCGUACGCAGAUCGUGAGGGCGAGAUUUUGCCGGCGUCUCAGCUGGGUGGCUCCGGCGAGCUGCACACUGCGUCAACCAGCUAGUCAACCGGCUAGUGGCAGACCGAGAAAAGAUGGCUGUAUGGGAAAAGAAAAGGACAGUGCAAGGCGAGCUAAGUAUAGAUUGGCGGCAGCCCUAGAGAGACGCGAACGAUCUCCUCAAGGGAAUGCACGGCAUUUGCAAAAAAUUAAAAAAAAAAAGAAAGAAAGAAUCAUUGCCCAUCAUGACGGUGUUGGCUCCGUAAAUACGGUUAUCAAACAACCACCACCAGCAGGGAAAGACAAGAAUAGGAACAAGCCGAGUCGUGGGGGAAGGAGAAAGGAUAAAAAGGGCCUGGCAGACAGGCCCUUACUGGCUGCUGAUGACACCGGCGAGUCGAACCCGAAAGCCGAUAACCCAAGGCAUCGACUCUGGAUGAAGAUGUUUGGUCGAGAUGAACCUAAAGGCGUCGACAUAUGGUUGAUGCCUGUUGCCCUGUCUGGGUUUCCAAUUGACACUUGUGAUCCGCUGAGAAAUCCCCAAAAACUAGGAAGUAGUUAUCUCACUAGUCAAAAAGUGAAAACACACGAUGAAACAACCGUCCGAGGUGCGGAGGUGCCCGGUCAGCUACGACUGGCUGGUAUUGAGGGAGCCAGCCAGGAAUAUCACAAGGAGAUGGUUAUAGUUAGGGUGCAUCAACAGAGCACUGGCUGCCGUGCGCCGCCCGAGGACUCGGAUCGAAAACAGAUCCAAGAGAAGGCCGCCAUUUUGCAACUUUGA